CUUUCCCCAGUCCUGACAGAGGAACAAGAACAAACCCUGCAGGAACUCGUGGGUCCCCUCACUCGUUUUUUUGAGGAAGUGAACGACCCCGCCAAGAACGACGCCCUGGAGAGGGUGGAGGAGGAGACCCUGAAAGGGUUAAAGGAGUUGGGGGCCUUUGGGCUCCAGGUACCCCCCGAGUUUGGGGGGCUGGGGCUCAACAACACCCAGUAUGCCCGGCUGGUGCAGAUCGUGGGCCAGCACGACCUGGGCGUGGGCAUCACGCUGGGGGCUCACCAAUCCAUCGGCUUCAAGGGACUGCUGCUCUAUGGGAGCCACCCCCAGAAAGAGAAAUACCUGCCCCGCCUGGCCACAGGUGAGACAUCCCAGAAUACUCACCUGGAACUCACCUGGAAUUCCCAUUUUUUUUCCCCCUGCAGUAACGGGGGCCUGGCCGAGCUGUUCACGGUUUUUGCCAAAACUCCCCUGAAGGACGAGAGGACGGGAGAGAGGCACGAGAAAAUCACGGCCUUCAUCGUGGAGAGGGGGUUCGGGGGGGUCACCAGCGGCCCCCCCGAGAAGAAAUUGGGGAUCCGAGCCUCCAACACCACCUGGGUCCACUUUGACUCCGUGCGGGUCCCGGCCCAGAACGUCCUGGGGGCUCCCGGGGGGGGCUUCAAGGUGGCCAUGAACGUCCUCAACAACGGCAGGUUCGGCAUGGCCGCGGCCAUGGCCGGCACCAUGAGGGGGCUGCUGGCCACGGCGGUGAGAAUUCCAGAAAAUUCCCGAAAUUCCCGAAAUUCCAAAAAAAACCCCGAGCCGGGGGUCGAGCGGGUCCUGCGGGAUUUGAGAAUUUUCCGGAUUUUCGAGGGAACCAACGACAUCCUGAGGCUCUUCAUAGCCCUGCAGGGCCUCCAGAUUUUGGGGGUGCAGCUGCGGGGGGUGCAGGCGGCUCUCAGGGACCCCCUGGGCAACGUCGGGGUCCUCACGGGGGAGGUGACCAAGAGACUGCGCAGGAAAGCCGGGCUGGGCUCGGGGCUCUCCCUGCAGCACCUGGUGCACCCCGAGCUCAAAGAUGGGGCCCAACAGACCAUGCAGUGCCUGGAGCUCUUUGCCGAGACGGCCGAGGCUCUGCUGAUCAAACACGGCAAAGGAAUCGUGGAGAAACAAUUCGCCCUGAAACGCGUGGCCGACGCCGCCAUCGACAUCUACGCCAUGGCCGUGGUUCUGUCCCGGUAAACUCGNGGUCUCUGAGCUCGGGGCUCCCCUCGGCCCAGCACGAGCGGCUGCUGGCCCUCACCUGGUGCC